UACAUGGAUAGAGUUUUUGGUAUUAGUACCUUUCAGUGUGAAGGAUAACAUCUGACUUUCAAGUUUCCCGUGAAUUUUUCUUUCUUCUUUGAAUGAUGAGACCGUUUUCCCAUGAGGCAGAGUUAUUUUCAACAAAGUAGAAAAAUUAUGAACAAACACUACUUCAGACAUUUUUCCUGUAUCUGAAAUAUUUAGUGGAAAUUGGAGAUGGAAUUUGAAACAGCACUCUCAGAUCCUUGGCUGAGGAUUGAAGAUGUGAUGAGAGAGACUUCUCCGCGUGAUGUGACCUUGUGACCCAGGGAUGACUGAGAAAGUCCUAGUUGCCUUUGAGGAUGAGACCAUGAAGCUCCGGCAGCUGAAACUGGAUAAUCAGAGAGCGCUGCUGGAGAAGAAGCAGAGAAAGAAGCGCCUGGAGCCGCUCAUGGUGCAGCCGAACCCAGAAGCCCAGCCACGCCGGUCAAAGCCGAGGAGAAGUGAGGAGCGUACCCCGCUGGUGGAACCUCAGGCCCCGCGCAGCGGUGUCACCCUGCACGGCAUUGAGGGUCCUGCUGCCUUCCUGAAGCCAGAUGCUCAAGACGUGGAAACCAGACUUCACGUUCUCUCAGUAGGAUCUUCUGCCAUGGAGGAGGAUACUGAAGGAAGUGCUGAUGGAGAUAGCACUUGGGACCCUGCUUCCAAGCCAGAUCUUCAGGAGAUUCUCCAGAAACAUGGUAUCUCAGGGAGUUUGAACUUUGAUGAGGAGGAGACUGAUGGGGAGGAAGGAGAAGGGGAAAAACUAAGAUCUCCUUCGUCCUAUUCAGAGGCAGAGAGACCCAGUUCUGCGUCCAGCCCGAAGCCAACCACAGGUACAGGAGCUUCCGGAGCUGCAGCCCGGCACACUGAUAACCAGCUGGGAGACGUAGAGAAUUUAGAGGGCUUCGCAUACAGUCCUGCCCCUCGAGGUGUCACAGUGAAGUGUCGGAUAACUCGGGAUAAAAAAGGAAUGGAUCGGGGGCUUUUCCCUACCUACUAUAUGCACUUGGAAAAGGAUGAAAAUCGGAAGAUAUUUCUUCUUGCAGGUAGAAAGCGGAAAAAGAGCAAAACAUCCAACUACCUUAUCUCCACUGAUCCAACAGAUUUAUCUCGUGAAGGGGAAAGUUAUAUUGGCAAACUCAGGUCCAACCUCAUGGGGACCAAGUUUACAGUUUAUGACCAUGGUGUCAGCCCGGCCAAGGCCCAGGGUCUGGUAGAAAAGGCCUGCAUGCGGCAGGAGCUGGCCGCCGUCUGCUACGAAACAAAUGUACUUGGAUUUAAAGGCCCGAGGAAAAUGUCUGUGGUCAUCCCAGGGAUGAAUAUGAAUCAUGAACGCAUCCCAUUUCAGCCACGAAAUGACCGCGAGAGCUUGCUUUCCAAGUGGCAGAGCAAAGCCAUGGAGAACUUGAUCGAGCUGCACAACAAGUCCCCCGUCUGGAACGAUGACACCCAGUCCUACGUCCUGAACUUCCACGGCCGGGUCACUCAGGCCUCUGUGAAGAACUUCCAGAUAGUCCACGAAAAUGACCCUGACUACAUAGUCAUGCAGUUUGGGCGUGUGGCCGACGACGUGUUCACCCUGGACUUCAACUACCCACUGUGCGCGCUCCAGGCCUUCGCCAUCGGGCUCUCCAGCUUCGACAGCAAGCUGGCCUGUGAAUGACAGCCGAGCAGGUGCCGUGCUUUCUCUCUGCAGAGCUUUCUGGAGCAAGUAGCCGCCGCCCUUGCGCGUGCCCAGGACACGGAGAGUGACAGGCCCCCCCUUUGGAAUGGUCCCUGAAAGUAUGUAUGUAGAUGUGCACAGAUGCACAUACGUGUGUGUACACAUAUAUGUACACACACACCCCUUCUCGGGGUCUCACAGCCCUGGUCAGGGGUCACAGCUUGACUCGGUUGAGAGACU